CCUGAAAACAUAUAAUAUUUCUUGAGCAGACAACUCUUUGUUUACAAUAACGCCGACGAUUGUUUAUAAACUAAUUAGUAGCAGCGACGCGCGACAGAGCGGUACACAAAAAGUUAAAAACUAACAAACACCAUUGCUUCUGUGUUUUAGAAAGGAAUUUCCUUUAAGGAAGGGAGGUUAUACAAAAUGUCUGGUACUAUCUUGGAAAAUUUAAGUGGCCGGAAACUUUCCAUAUUGGUGAGUCUGCUACUACUUUGCCAAGUGAUUUGCUUCUUGUUGGGUGGUCUGUUUGCACCCGUACCGGCAGGCCAUCAAAAUAUUUUGGGUAUGGUAUGUAAAGACAAACCACAGCGGCAAAAUGACACCACUUUUUGGUUAUACUCACGAGGAGCUGGGCAGUGUGCAUCCAUAUCGCAAGAAGAAAUAGAACAACACUAUACCAAAAUGGCCAACGAAAUUGUGUACCUAUUUCAAAUGCCCCUUCCAAGGGAUGGGAAACAACUAGACUAUUCGCGUUGGCAACAAAAUCUUAUUGGGGUUCUACAAGUAGAUUUGGCUUACGUAUCCGAAGUAGGACUGGUUGAACCACCAAAGGAACUAAAAUUGACCAUCGAUGCCCGUUUAGCUUACCGGAACAAAGAAGAUGCCCCAAACGAUUGGAAAUUAUAUGCGCGAUCGAUAGAAGAACGAUAUCUGGAUUGUCAUUCGGUGCAUACAAGUCAGCAAGAAACAUUAUAUUCUUGUGAAAUGAUACCACUUUUUGAAUUGGGAGCGCUUCAUUAUGAUUACUACUUACUAAAUUUGCGUUUUCCAAUUGACACUGACAUGCGUAUGAACUUAAACAUUGGCCAUAUGCAUGAUCUAACUCUGACGGCAAUUUAUCAAAAUGGUGGUUUUACAAAAGUCUGGUUGUCACUAAAAACUGUCUUAUUCCCUUUUAUUGUUGGAAUUAUGAUUUGGUUCUGGCGUCGAGUUCAUAUCUUACAACGAUCACCAGCUCUCCUAGAAUACAUGCUGAUUUAUUUGGGCGGUGCUUUGACAUUUUUAAAUUUACCUUUGGAAUAUUUAACACUCGGCUUUGAAAUGCCCUACAUGCUGCUACUAAGCGAUAUACGUCAGGGAAUAUUUUACGCAAUGCUCCUCUCGUUUUGGUUAGUCUUUGCUGGAGAACAUAUGUUGAUACAAGAAUCGCCACAGAAGAAUUCUAUACGCUCCCGUUAUUGGAAACACUUGUCUGCUGUUGUAAGCUGUUGUUUGUUCCUGUUUAUUUUUGAUAUCUGUGAACGGGGUGUGCAAUUGCGCAAUCCUUUUUAUUCUAUAUGGACCACACCGAUUGGAUCAAAAGUUGCACUAAGUUUUAUUAUACUGGCCGGCAUAUCUGCUGGAGUUUACUUUAUAUUCUUGUGCUAUAUGGUUGGAAAGGUAUUUCGUAAUAUUGGCGCUAAAAGAACAUCCUUGCCAUCAAUGUCACAGGCUCGUCGUUUGCAUUAUGAAGGUCUUAUCUACCGCUUCAAGUUCCUAAUGCUUGCCACUUUGCUUUGUGCCGCUUUGACUGUUAUUGGCUUUAUUAUGGGGCAAGUAGCGGAGGGCCACUGGAAAUGGGAUGAAGAUAUUGAAAUUCAAUUGACAUCUGCAUUUUUGACUGGCGUUUAUGGAAUGUGGAAUAUAUACAUAUUCGCCUUGCUUAUUUUAUAUGCUCCUAGUCAUAAGCAAUGGCCUUGCGCAAACUCAAACGAAACUUCACAAUCAAAUGAAAAUAUUGUGGCAGCAGCAGCCAAUGAAGAAAUCGAAUUCAAUAAUUUGCCAUCCGACACAAAUCCAAGCGAAAUUUCGUCGCUUACAUCAUUCACACGUAAAGUAGCUUUCGAUUAAAAAGUAUGUGGCAAAUAUUUUCAAUCAUAAAAAUUGCACGGAUGGCUUAUUUGCAGAGAUAUCGCAUAGUGUCUAAUUCUUAAAAACGCACGUUUGAAAAAAUUAUAAUUAAUUUCUUUAGCGAAGAAAUGACAAUGCGUUGAUUAACAAAGUUCGCGCGUGUCAUUUUUUUUACCCAUAUAAUUUGUAGGUAUAGUAGUUUGUAGAGGAAAAACCUAUUGUAGAAUGAUCAUAUUUACACUAUUUCAGAUUAAUCUAAAAAAUCAUGAAAAAAUGAUAUUGUGUGUUUGAUAUUUACUGGAAUUUUAAAUUUUAUAAACAUUAAAAAAAAUUAAUAAUAUAUUUACUGAAAUUUAAACAUUAACAUAAUAAUCUCAAGGCAAAAUGCACUUUUGUACCGUAAGUCCAGAUAUACACUUUCAUUCAAAUUAGUUAAAGUUCUUUUGUUUGUUUUGAGUGUGCAUAAACCUAAAAUUUUAAUGCUUCCAUUAGCAUUUCUUAAAUAUUAUUAAUAUGUGUAUGAAUAUCCAGUAUUAAUUAUGAAUGCAAUUCUUUAUAACUCUACAUUUUAUUUCAUGACGAAGAUUUUUCAUAUUUUUAUCUUUUAUUAAAUGUAGAAACAUAUUGAUGUAAAACAUUUUUUUUGUAAUAAAAACCAUAAUUCACA